GCAGGAUCAAGGUUUCCCUAUUUUUUUUUUUUUUAAAAAAAAAAAUGCAUACAUAUAUAUAUAUAGCUAAUUUAAUCACGCCUAUUAUUAUAUAUUCUGAAGACUUACCCAGAUUUUUUUUUCAAACAUUUCCAAUUAUUAAAAUGGAAACAGUAUAUACCAGAAUUCCCAAGUGUGAUAAGAAAAUCAGCAAACCUACUCAGGAAGAAGCGGUUAUUACUUCUGAAAAACUUGACAGUGCCCAAAUUAAGAAGAUUUUUAACUACUUCGAUUAUAACGGAAAUGGUAGUCUUUCCCUCGCCGAAAUUGAUAAAGCUAUUAUCGAACUUUAUCCACAUAUUGCAAAUAACCACGCUACUAAAACUGCCAUCAUUAAAGAGGCUCAAAAAAUUGCCAAGAGUUCAAAGAAUGGUUUAAUCGGCCUCAAAGAAUUCGAAUAUUUUAUUAAUUUACUUAAUGACUACUGCGAGAAAGCAGUUAUUACUACCGAAAAAUUAGACACAACUCAAGUCAAGGAGGCUUUUGAAACCGUUGAUUAUGAUGACGAUGGCAUCAUACCUCUUACUGAUGUCGAUAAAGCUGUUAUCAUACUUUAUCCACACUUUAAAAAAAAUAAGUCUGCCAUUAUGCAGGCUUAUCAGGAUAAAGUACCUAAAUUUUCACAGGAAGGUUCUAUCAACCUUAAAGAAUUUGAAUAUUUAAUCGAUGCUCUUCAUUAUUAUAACGAGAAAGCAGUUAUUACAACUAAGAAACAAAGCAGGAAUCAGGUCAAGAAGAUUUUUGAUAUCUUUGAUUAUAAUAACGACGGUAUCAUAUCUAAAGAUGAAAUUAACAAAGCUGUUGUUCAACUAUAUCCACACCUCUCAAAAGAUGAGUCUGUUAUAAUGCAGGCUUACAAAGCUGCUGAUACUUCACAGGAUGGUUUUAUUGAUUUCAAUGAAUUCGAACGUCUCAUUUAUCUUCUUCAUUAUUAUAAUGAAUUGUCCCAUAUAUUUAAAAAGCUUGACACAGAUAAUGAUGGACGUAUUGAUUUCAAAGAAUUCAAGAAGGGAUAUGAUCUAAUUGGGAUAGAUGUGAAAUCGAAUACGAUGCUAAAGGCAAGGUUUGAUAAAAUUUGUGCGAACAAUGAAGAGUAUAUUUACUUUGAUGAGUUCUGUGUUUAUGCUGCCAAGAUAAAAUUAAUAUCUGAAAUGUCUCAAGAUGAUCAGGGAACUUGGGAAACUUGGAAAACUUGGGAAACCCAGCAGGAAGUUAAGGAAACUCAAGAAACUCGAGAAACUCAGCCAAUUAUAUCUCAAAAGGUUGCCUUGCAAUGUAGAGCAUUUGCAUAUUUUUUUUUAUCCUUUAUAGUUAUUUUUAUAGGAAUAGGGCUCACCUUAAGACAGAUUUAAAAUAAUAUUAUUUUAAUUUAGUCAUCGUGUGAUAUAGAAUUAUAAUGUGAUUAAUAAUUUAGAUUAUGAAUUCCUUUGUAAAAAAUAAAAUAUUAUUAUGUAAUUUAA